UACAGAUAUAAAAGUUAUAUGUAUACUGAACUAAAAGUAAGGUUGCUGGUUCUAAUCCCAGUCUCGUGUAUAAAUGCAGACACCAGCUGAAGAUCUGAACCCUUAAUCUUGCUUUUGUUUAAGUAAUUGCCAUAUAACUAUAUGCUGAUAUCUUAUAAAUAUAUUAAGUAAAUGAUAAUAGUUGUGGGAAAAGCAAGAAAUGGAGAGUGCCAGCAAAAGCGAGCAUAUGCCACAUGUAUUUCGGCUCAGCUGGGUUCCCAUCUGGUUUUCUGAACUACUUAAGGUAAUUGCUGCAAAGAAAAAAUGCAAAUUUUCUCAAAUUGCGCGAAUUAUGCAGCUGCUGAAGGGAGCCUAUAAAUAGGCUCAAGCAGCGCGCGAGGGAGUCUAUAGUCGGAUGUCAUGUCGCGCUCGCUCAUUUGGAUAUUCCCAUGGACCUGGCUGCUGCUGAUCCUCACGCUGGAGGCGCACUCGGAGAGCCAGACCCUGGACGAGUUCCGGCAGCGGUAUCUGCAGCCCCUGCUCUCGGCGGGCACGCGCAACUGCACGCUGAAUGCGUGCGAGACACUGCGGAUCAUUACGCAGCUGCUGAUGCUGAUCAAGGCGCUGCCCAAUGGAACGCUCAGCACACUGAUGGCUGCGGCGCCUGUGGAGACAGCCAAACGCAGGACGAGCGCCGGCAGGGAACCAGCCGGAGAAGUUGGCGCCAUGUUUAAUCCGGCCGAGUUCGAUAAGCGCGUGCGGCAGAUCGAGAGCCGGCUGCGCUCCGUGGAGCAGCCCGUUUGGCAUUUGGCCAGCGGCAGCGAGCUCGAGUGGAACCAUUGCACGUCCGGUGUCUGUCGCUGCAAUCCGGACACCAAGAGCUUCACCUGUUGGAACACGAACCUCAAGACCGUGCCCGUCAGCCAGGUGAUACCCAUGAAUAUGGUUGCGAUCGAUCUCUCCCGCAACGUGCUCUCCACGCUGCACAAGGACACGUUCCGUGGGCUGACGCUGCUCAAGGAGCUGGACAUAUCGAACAAUCUGCUCGACUUUCUGCCCUUCGAUCUGUUCCGGGAUCUGGACAGUCUGCUGCAGCUUCGCAUCCAGAACAAUCAGCUGGAGGACAUUGAUGCGCGCACCUUCUGGAAGCUGCGCAAUCUGAAUCUGCUCGAUCUGCACAAGAACGAGAUUUCGCUGCUGCCCGAAUCGCUUUUCUAUCAUGCCCAACGCUUGACUGUGAUCAAUUUGUGCGACAAUCAGAUCAAGAACUUUCCGCCCAACCUGCUGCGCGAUCAGCUGAUGCUCGAGGAGCUGGACAUGUCGCGCAACCGGAUCGAGCAGCUCGUCUCGGGCAGCAUGCGAUACCAGACCAAGCUCGAGGCCCUUGACUUUGGCUGGAAUCAAAUUGCCAAGAUCGAAGACGACUUCUUUGAGGGCCUGAAGAGUCUGCGCACCUUGAAUCUGUACAACAAUCGCAUUAGCUCCAUAUCGGCCACGACAUUCAAUAAUCUCGUCAACCUGAUCACCCUGGACCUCACCAUGAAUCGCAUCAGCCACAUCGAUGGACAAGCCUUUGCGGAGCUGAAAAACCUAAAUGAGCUGCUGCUCGGCCAGAACUCCUUGUCCAGCAUACCGGGUGAUCUGUUCCUGCGGGUCGGCGCACUCACCCGGCUGACGCUCUUCUCGAACAACCUGACCACGCUGGAGGCCAACGACUUUAAGGGCCUCGACAGCCUCAAAAUCCUGAUGCUCAACAACAACAUACUCAAGCACUUCGAUGCGCGCGCCUUCGAGCCGCUCACCCAGCUGGAGAAACUCCGCAUCGACUCCAACAAGCUGAUGUAUCUGCCGCAUGGCGCUUUGCACGGUCUGAACCAACUGGUCGCCGUCAAGCUGGACAAGAAUCCUUGGCACUGCGACUGCCGGGCUUUGUAUUUGGCGCGCUGGAUUCGGGAAUUUGUUGUGAAGCUCUGGGAUGGCCAGCAGCCGAUGUGCCGCGGCCCCGGAGAUCUGGGCGGGCACGAGGUGGGCCUGCUGCGAUAUGACGAUCUCUGCGAUGGCCAAUGGGCGAGCAUGUUGUCGCUGUCGCCGCGGCUUCCGGUGCGCACACAUCGCAUUUCCACACCGAUGAACUAUACCGACUAUUUCAAUUUGUACUUGAAGCAUAUCUAUAAUUCCACCACGGACGAGCAGCUCAAGGAGGCGGAGAUAACCAGCGUGGCCAUUAAGAAGGUUCACGUCGAUUAAAUGCGCCCGACAAAUAACUGCAAAAGUAAAGAAAUCCUCAAGUUAGUUAGUUAUUCGACAGGGCAUCCGUUUAAUGCCAGGGCUGCAAUACGAUUCGAACCAGCUUUCUGCUUUGAAAUUUCAAUUUUCACACAUUCUUAAAGCCAGGUUUUGCUAACUGUUCACAGCUUUCUUUUUAGAAAUUCCAAUUUCCCAAGUCUUAAAGCCAGGUUUGGCUCGAAGCUGUUCGGCUUAAACCCAGUCUUGCAGCCCUGUUUAAUACCCUCCGUUUCCAUCAGAUAUGAAUAUAUAUUAUAUUCCUGUUCAAUAUCAAUAUUUGAUUUAUAUGGCCAUGUCCGAUACUCUGUCUGCUGUGUUCUUGCAAACGAUUUACUUAGCUUUAAACCUAUCUAGAAAAUACUCUACAUAGAUUUCUUUUAUUUUUGCAGUUGCAGUCAUAAAACCUAGAAUUGGAAUUGUUAAAAGAAACUUUGGUGUUUUGAAAACUUUUUUAUGCUGCAAAAAUUAAAACCAACAUCUCAUCUACAUCGGAUCACCAUAUCAUGCAUCAUCCAUAACCCAUAGGAAAUAUAUCAAAAA